AUGAAAACAGAUGAGUACAAGGCAACUGAAAAUUUAGUUCAAUCCUACAUUGAACUGUUAUCUGAGAUGAACCUUUCGUUCUACAACGACAUUUUACCAAAUCUUGUCAUCUCUACCAAGACUGGUAACAUUCUGGUGGACAUGAUUUUGGGAAUUGACCAUUUAGCUAAUUAUGAGGAAGUUACUGGAGCAACAAAUUACAUUAGAAAGGCCAAAUUAUUUACAGACAUUUUCAGUAAGGAUGAACAAUCACAAAGCAUUGUUUUUAACAACCAAUAUGACUCCAUGCACUGGUUUAUGAUGACUUUCUUUAAUGACCAAUCAAGUACUCACUUGGUUGACAUGGUGAUCAAAUAUAUCACCGAAAAUAGCAACAAUUCGCAACGGUCAGAAAAAACUGCUAAGAAACAUGACGAUCUGAACAAAUGGGAUUCACAAAUAUUUUCCAAGUUCAUGCUGUACAGCAUUGAUAAUUCCAAUAACCUAGAUUAUAUUUUCCGAGUAUUUAUUCACAAAUUUAUUCAAUCCCCUCAUGCAUUUGACCAGUCAAAGAGAAAUGAAUUACUUCAAAUUUUAAAGAAAGACUCUUCAAACACCUUCAAGGCCAAGAUUAUGUCCUUGAUGCAAUUCGAAGCAAUUCCAUCUAACUCGUCCACUUCUUUAGAAAAGAGCAGUACAACCAUUGACGAUGAAACUUGCUAUGACAAAAUUCAACUAGUUUCUACACAAGAUUUGGAGAAUGACAUUAUUGCUCAUCAAAUUCCAUACCCUAUUCUCUUCUUUUACCAUUCCUUAAAGGGAACGUCAGUACAGAAAAUCCAUAGCCUCUUGAUAGACUCUCUUAAUAAGUUUGAAUUUGAUGAUCUGAAUGCUUAUGAAUAUGUGAAUACUAUCAAGAAAAGAUGGCUAUCUGGAUCUUACAGCUCAUUGUAUUGUCAGUUACUGAGUUGUGUUCUCAAAAAGUUCGAUUCAUUCAAGGAUGAGAUAUUUAAGGAUUCUUCAAUUUCUCAAUCUUUAAAGGGUAACUUGAGUAUGAUUAGCGAUGUCGUUGCUCUGUGGAAGUCAUCCAGCAAUGGAUCAAUCAUUUACGAUGAAUAUAUGAACAUUGUUAAUCAUUCUCUUACUACAGCAUCAACCGCAGAAGCAGCUACGGUUGAUCGAAUAAUUUUAGAAAACAUUGAAGUAUUGGACUACAAAAAGUUUUCACAACAUCAUUUGGCUAAUCUACUUGUGAGAAAUAAGAAGAAUGCUAAAUUCGUAUUCAGUAAUGUCGAAAAGUUUGGAACAUUUGUGUUAUAUUUACUAUUAGGAAUUGAUAAUACCAUCCUUACCAAAAGUACAAAGGAAAAAACAAGAUUGGUGAAUAUUGCUGAACUCGUUUCAGUAAUGGUGAACAACAGAAUGGUAUUUAGCACAGCAAACAGAACGGCAGUUGAUUGUCUCAAAUUUCAUCAAAUAUUCCUCAAGUUGAACUCGGACGAAUUUACAUCAGUGCUCACUAAAAUAGUGCAGUACAUCUCAAAGAGUUUCAUGUUGAUCGACGAGCAACAAAAGCAAUUCUUAACUGAGCUCAUUUGUUGGUACUGUAGAUUUAGUAGCAAGUAUCACGUUGUUUGUCUGAAAGAAUUAUUCAGAUCUCCUCCUGACUUUAUGAAUAAUCCAAACAUUAUUUUGAUUUUGGAAACUAUUAUUCAGUACUAUCCUGCUCAGCAGAAACUCCCUGAUAAUAUUUUCAAAGUCUUUGAAUCGAAUGGUUUAGAUGGAUUUUUAUCAAGCGUUGUGAAUUGCUGCACUGCCAAUCCUGAAGUGAUUACUGCAGCAAAGACUCUUGUCAAGCAUUUCACAAACAAUUAUACAUAUGAUGAAAACCACUUCAUUUCAAUAGUUGUGAAAUCUAAUUUGAUGGAUUUCCUGUCAUUGGAUGAAAGACCCCGAAACAAUCAAUUCCACAUAUAUUAUGACAUUGUCAUGAACAGUGAUAAUCUUGAUCUGCUGAGAAACGACGUAAUCCAUAAGCAAAUGAAGGUUCAUUUAGAAAAUAUGAUUGAAAAUAAGAAGAAAUCUUCAAAGGUAUCCGAAAUGAUUAAUGCUUGGUCGAAGAAAAUGAUUGAGGGUAAAUGUGUGAGCAAUGGAACACUCGAACUUUUCGACGUGAUUUCUACUAACUAUACUUCUACAAAGACACCCUAUUACUUUGAAAAGUACUAUUUAGAGAAUCCAACUGUUCUCUAUGAACACAUCAUCAAAGCUACGACACAGCAAGGCAUACCUACAUCACUCUAUCACAUUGUUCAUCUCAUUUACAAUUUACUUACCAAGUACGAUGCCAAUGAACAUUUCAUUCACAACAUGUCCAUAUUUGAAUAUCUCCUUUCACACUAUAGCGCAACAUUGAACCAAACUGAUUUGGUUCUGUAUGUAAUUUUCAAUAUUUAUGAAACCAAGUUGGCUGCCCCUCUCGCUUCAUACCACUAUCAGUUUGGAAAACGUACCAUUUUAAGAGAAACCAAAAAACAAGAGGUUGGAGCACUCACAGAACAAGAAUUUCUCUCUUUGGAAUGGAAUAAUUUUAAUCUACAAUUUGACAAGACAAAAUUAUACAACACCAUUCAUCAUAUUCCUGACAAUCUUACCUUGUACGGAAAGCAUAUGACAUUUGAAUUUAAGAACAAUGACCAAAAUCUCAUUAAUAACAACGAUGUCUAUGAUAUUAGAUACCUUCUCAGAUAUACAAUGUAUUUAAUGUCUCUAUUUCCUGAAUCCUGUAUUUACAGACAGAAUAGUUUAUAUUUAAGCGUUGCUUUUAGAUGUACAAGUUCACAUGAUUACUAUGUCAGAAUGUUGGCUUAUGAAAUUAUUGGAAUGUAUUAUAACUUUAUAGUGAAUCAUGUCAAUAGAUAUCAAGAGAGUGAUAUUUAUGAAGUUUUGGUUUUGGUUUUAAGACAAAUUAAAAUCUCGCUACCAACUCCGUAUAUGAGAAUUUCGCUUCCAUGGUCCAUGAUGUUGAGCAUUGUUGUGAAUUCCAUUUUGAGAAUUAAUGAAGAGUCAUCAAAUUCUCAAACAGAGUCUUCUCACACAUCCAGUGAGGACGGAAUGAAACAAAAUCAUGACGCCACAAGUAAGACUCAUUCUGCAUCUACCGGUCAUGAAGAUGAUGCAUCUGAAAAGAAUCCAGAAAAUACUCAAACAAACAACUCUAUUGAUGAAGAAGAGGAAGAAGCAAGAAAUUUAUUAAUUUCAGUCUUGACAUCACUUCGAGAUUCACAACAGGACUACAUGCAAAAUAUUGGUCAUAUUGAGGAUGAUUUGUUCAAAACUCACAUCCAACCGAUCCUUACCACAUCAUUUCUCUCUCUGAAUACUACUAGCAAGGUACUGCUCAGAGAAGUCUCAAGAUUCUUUGAACAUCAAAGACCAUUCUUGAAGCUUGACUCAUAUCCUGUUCAUAGAGAUCAUGUGAAAUCGAUCAAUGCCUUUGGAUUGAACUAUUUGAAAGUUCUAUUAUUUGGAUAUCAAUCCGAUGAUGAUUUUAUGGAACACUACAUUAAGAAUAAUUCUAUUCAACAUUUACUCAUGUCUUUCGAUCAAAUUCAAUCCAACAAAUCCUAUCAUAUUUAUCAUCAAUUAGCAAUUUUGAGAGUGUUAAUUGAUGUUACUACUAGACUUACUCAGUCAAGUGAAAAACUCAUCAAAAGCUUUGGUCUUUUGGAUUGGAUCAAGAUUCAAUUCAGAAGAUGUACAAAUUCGUUAAUUACAAGCUCAACUCACUCUUCUGUGAAUAUUGAAUCAUCAAACACUGAAAUUAUUCGGUUGUUAAUGAUACUUGUCUGCUCCAUUUAUCGAUCUAGAAAAACGAAUGAUAGGAAUGUUCAAGAAUUACUUUUAUGUGAGACACCUGUGAUGAUUAAUAUGAUUCUCAAUGAUGAAACUCUAUUGUCCAACAUGGGAUGGAAAACCAUUCUUUGCAUUUUACAAUAUUGCAAUGAUGACUUUAAGGAAUUCAUUUCAUUGAACACAAUAACUUUGAAUUCGACUCUCAUUCAUACCAUUGUUCAAUGCAUCUAUUUGAGCAACGGUGAAAAGAUGGAAUUGUUAUUGCAAUUGUAUUGUGUGUGUCCAUACAAAGAUUUGAUUGCCAUUUCGAAUGAGCUCACAACUAUGAUGCAACUGUUGAAUCAUAAGAAUUCUUCUUCACAGCGCAGUGGUAUUUAUCAUUUCAUUCAUCUUUUGUAUUUGAUGACAGUGGAGUCGAUUCAUUCAACAACCAAUAACCAAACCAAAACUCUCAUGAAGAGUAAUGUGAUUAAUGUCAUCACCAUUCUCUACUAUCAAUAUCAACAAUUUAGUGAUUUGAGAUUUUUGGAAGGUCUGAAUCGAAUCAUUGUUCAACUUUUGAGUCCAUCAUUGAAUGAUGAUCCUAAUAACGAUUCUACUAUUGACUACAAUUAUAUUCUCUUAAAGAUGGCUCAAACUGAUCGAGAAUGUCUUGAAUUGUAUGAACGAUUUAUGUUAAAUUCUCAAUUAUCGAUUGAUUUGAGAGAAAAAUUCAUAACACCACUCAUUGAAGAUCUCACACCUCGAACGGUAUUGUGUUCUCAAUUCAUCGAGUUUGUGAAUCAAGUAGCGACUCAUUCAAGUCAUGGAGUCUCUCAAAAGAAGAAGAAAAAACAUCAUUAA